ACGCCAGCAGCCCCAUAGUCAUCGUCACCUACUCUGGGUCGCGGCCAACGUGGUUCUUGGGCCAAGCCCCUCCGCCUUUCCCGCCUUCUUCCCCUCGGACCUACCCCCCGAUCGCCACCAUGACCUCCCACUCUCACCUCAGCCAUGAGGAGGUCGAGACGGCCUCCAAUCACCCAUACAGCUACCCUGUUGAACAUGCCCGCCGUACUUCAGAAGCAUAUGUCAAUCUCAAUGCCAAUGUCGACGCCAAGAUCAAGAAUCCUCUGCUAGGUAUACCCCGUGGAAGACUCAUGGCCCAAGUCGACGAGUUCUGCCGCGAAAAAGGACUAGACGAAUACCGCUCCGUCAUUCGAAAGGGCGCCCUCGUAGCCCAGGACCCCACUGGCUACGAGGACAUCACCGGCGAAGAGGCCCUUGACGAGAUCGAGAUUGAAUCUCUUCGCGAUGAGGUCCUCCACAAAUGGCGUGUCCCCAACGUGCUCUACCUAACCAUCGCCACCUGCUCUAUUGGAGCUGCUGUCCAGGGAUGGGAUCAGACGGGCUCCAACGGCGCCAACCUCGAUUUUCCACAUGCCUACGGCAUUGACCGCGACACCAUUCACGACAAACUUCUCGUCGGCCUCGUCAACGCUGCCCCAUACAUCGGUACUGCUUUCUUCGGCUGCUGGUUAUCUGACCCUCUCAACUCUCGCUUCGGCCGCCGCGGUACGAUUUUCUUCUCUGCCAACUUCUGCCUCUGGCCCGUCAUUGGUAGCGCUUUCUGCGACACAUGGAUGCAGCUCCUCAUGUGUCGGCUACUACUUGGAGUCGGAAUGGGGACGAAAGCAUCAACCGUUCCGAUCUUCGCUGCAGAAAACUCACCGGCUCCCAUUCGAGGAGCUCUCGUAAUGAGUUGGCAGAUGUGGACUGCUUUCGGGAUAUUCUUAGGCACCGUCGCAAACGUUGCCGUCACCAAAAUCGGGCACGAGGCUUGGAGAUAUCAGCUGGGAUCAGCUUUUAUCCCCGCGGUGCCUCUUGUCAUCCUCAUAUAUUGGUGCCCCGAGUCGCCCCGUUGGUACAUGAAGAAAAAUCGAUAUAGUGACGCCAUGAAGUCGCUGCUACGCCUGCGCAACAACCCCGUCCAGGCGGCCCGUGAUCUCUACUACAUCCACGCUCAGCUCGAAGUUGAAUUCGAGUUCAUUCAGUCUAUAGGAAAAAGCAGCUACCUAAACCGGUUUAUCGAGCUAUUUACCAUCCCCCGAGUCCGCCGCGCCACUCUCGCCUCGUUUGUCGUCAUGAUCGCGCAACAGAUGUGUGGAAUCAACAUCAUCGCCUUCUACUCCUCGACCGUUUUCGUCGAUGCCGGCGCCAGCUCCCACCAGGCUCUACUCGCAUCCUUGGGCUUUGGACUAGUCAAUUUUGUCUUUGCUUGGCCGGCGAUUUGGACCAUCGACACGUUUGGUCGGCGAUCUCUACUCCUAUUUACGUUCCCUCAGAUGGCUUGGACACUGCUUGCUGCCGGGCUGUGUACUCUGAUACCCGGUACCGGAGGUGCUCACUUGGGCCUGGUGGCCAUGUUUGUUUAUCUAUUCGCGGCCUUCUAUUCACCUGGAGAGGGCCCCGUGCCAUUCACCUACUCGGCUGAGGUCUUCCCUCUAUCUCAUCGUGAGGUCGGUAUGGCUUGGGCCGUGGCUACUUGCCUGUUUUGGGCUGCAGUGCUCUCGAUUACGUUCCCUCUUAUGCUGGCCAGGCUUGGUGUACUCGGAUCCUUUAUUCUGUACUCGGGCUUCAAUCUCGUGGCACUGGUCAUGAUCUUUCUGUGGCUGCCCGAAACGAAGCAACGCACUCUGGAAGAGUUGGAUUACAUUUUUGCUGUACCGACACGUGUGUUCAUGAAAUACCAAGUUACCAAGGCGUUACCUUGGUGGAUCAAGAGAUGGGUCCUCCUCCAGCGGGACGCAACUCUGGAGCCUCUAUAUCAACUCGACAUGGCGGAACCCGACGACAACCGGAGCAGCGAUGUUGGGUACGAGAACGAUAAGGUCAAGGUUGAGCUGAAGGAUAUGAUAGGGAUAUCUUCGGGAGUUGAAGCCCCAGAUCGGGCAGCUCGUAGUACAUGAGCGUUGUUUUACUACUUGAUGUGUGCGGG